CCGGGCAUCCGUCCUGUGGAGUUCCCUUCAGUCGAGAAAUGAAUGAAUAGGGAUCUAUCCGUCGGUUGAUUGUGCGACCAACCCUCUCCAGAAUAUUGCGAUGCCCAUACCACCAUUAUAUAUCGUCGUGGUGACACUGUUGAACUGGAUUCCUCAAUUAUUGGCCCACGAUUAUGUCUUAAUGCGAACAAAACGUGAAAAUGUGUGGCACGACCGACCAGAGCCUUUCGCACCUGCUGGAUUCACACCGAAGGGUGAGAUUCGAUCACCAAUUAUGAUGGAAUUACGUCGGGAUCUCACUCCGGCCAAUGGCCCAAGUGGUCUAUGUGGCGUAUGCACCCGGGUCUAUCGCGUGCUACACGACACUUCGCUAUCAGCUCAGGAAGAAUGCAGACGACACAACUCCAGGCAGUCAGUUUUAGGAGAUAUUACGGAGUUUUAUCACACGCUUAUCGAAAGCAGACAGUUCAAUCGAACCCUGGAAUUUCCGCUGGCAGACCUGUUCAACCGCUUCUCACUUCGAGCAAGCUUCAUGUACUUGGAUUCGAGACGAAACGAACCCGCUGUGCUUAUCGAAGCGACGCAACAAAGUACACACGUGUUGUGCGUGGAGUCUAUCAAGUGUCCGGAGACCACUACAACUCCUGUCCUUGUUACAACGCAGAGUGCAGUGCUUCUGUCUCCAGCCCAGCAAUCCCAGAUUGCUGCGGAUUCGGAAUCAAACGAGGCCAAACCAACUCAGGUGAAAGAUAUUAGCGGAGUCUCAGGUCUGGAAUCUAAACGAGCAGAUAGUUCGGGAGAGCCGUUUUGGGAUGCCCUGUUGAACGGAACAGAGGCGAAAAGCUGGUUCCUGGCUACUGUCUCACUCUCUUGUCUCUGUUUUCUUCUUUUGAUCCUCCUCCUCAUAUCAUGGCUCUAUAUUUGUCGAAUACGUCGGUUGUACGCCAGACGCCGCUGUCGUGGUACCUGCCGUUUUGGAUGCCGUUGUCCCAUUGAAGUGGUUCGACAAACGGUGAAUGAUGCAGCUGUUUUUGGGCCGCUAGACUCACAGAACGCCCAGCUAUUCACAAGCCCAAUGACUCCUCAGGGCAACGGAUCAAUACGUAGUGGCAGUGGAUUUGGUGCUGCAUUAUACUCUGGUGGAACAAUGACUUCAAGCCGAUGGGGUUCAAAUGGGGGGACAAAACUGGGAUCACCGAUAUACGUAUCUUUGGCAAGCGCUCCUGAGAAAACUUCCUUGAUGGCACCCACUACCAACUGCCUCGUCGGCCCAGUAAGGACAAUGACCAUAGGUCCCGGAGGUUUGGACACGUCUAACGGAGGUAGCACAUGGGGCCAACCGAACAAUCCCCGUCUCCCAGCGCAUUCUAACCGACGGCGGCUAUCACAGGAUGUGAUUUGUCGCAGCACGAGCGAUGGAUCCACUGUUUCUGGACAUCCUGUUUCGAACACUUGCUCCAAAGUCAUCGGAACCAGUCACCCAAGAUCCGGACUGGUCAUAGGACACGGCUACAUCGGUAGCUGCUCCAAUACAAACAACAAUAAUUGCAUCAGCUCAUCUACAGCUGUACAGCCAGUGCUGAUUAAUAAUGUGAAUAAUGGUCAACUGGACUCUGUCGGUUAUUAUCAGCCACCUCCAACAGUGUACAACUAUUCAGAUAUGGCUGGUGGUGGUGGUGGACGUACAGGGGGGAUCAGCCCGUCGAUGACACAAUCUCCAACACAGUUGACAAAUCGCAAGUCUUCCGACCGCGUCUAUUACGGACAAUCAUUGAACCUCAGCGCCGGAUCACCGGGACCUGUGGUAGAAGAGGACGAGGUGGAACACACUUCUUCAUUCUUUCCACUGGACCAGUUUCAUGGGACUUCUGAGAAUCAUCAGCUGGCAGGAACUUGCAGUACGUUCAACUCUUAUGCCUCUGAUCCCGUGCAACGGACUAAUCCCUAUCCAUUACGUGAAUCGGAGGGGGACCUGCUAAACAUCACACCACCAUCGGGAUUCUAUGAGCCGAAUUCCACUAGUGGUGACUCCGGGAUGGUUAACGGGGGUCUCACGUCAUCCAGCAUUCGGUCCAACAGUCAAACUGGCCCCACUACUUUCAGCACACGUUCUUUCCUCUCAUCCGUCAAUCCCAAACUUGGCAGUACAAUGGGCCAGGCAGAUUGGAAACCAGUUCCCAUGACUUCAGUAUCUGGUCAGUCCUCCGGAGAAAUGGUUGGCAUGGUGGAUAUGGAGAGCGUCUCACGAUUACCCAUGACGAACAACGGUGCAGAUCAGUUCCAAAAGAAAACCGCCUCUCUUACCGAUAACAACAACUUAUCAACCGGUUUGAUUCAAAAUCAAAAUCAAGUUCCACCCCACAGGAUUUACACCGCCUACGAGCGCAUGCUCUAACUUUCCUUCCAGUGUGGAUAGUUUAUACUUUCUCUCUCUCUCUCUCUCUCUCCCAUCGCUCCACUCUCCUCCCUCUAUCCUAUUUUCCGUUUUCUAUGCUUCCUUUCAGUUCAGUUCGCUUUGCUAUCUGGGCUUAUUCUUGUUCAUCACCGAGACAGUUUAGGCAGAGGCACCUUUUACAGUUGCUGCGAAACACUAGGGUUUUUUCCUUGGUGAAGCAUCUUGUACAUACAUACCGCUCUGAUUGUUUCUCUCCUUUAAGUAUACAAGUACUUAGGAUCAUGGCUUUCAGCUUUUUCAACUAAAGAACUAGGUGUUUUAAUCCACCCUCUGUCUAGGUAAUUGACCUACCGCCCAGCGCCGUUUGCAUUUACAGUACCCAUCUAACUUUAUUUUGUACCGUGAUGUUUUUGCGGUUAUCCACAAAGCUCUUGUUCAUUUUGUGUUCUAGCGUAUAGGUCUUGCAGGUGCACAUCUCUUAAAGUGAUUUCAUUCGCUUGAGUACACUGCCGCUGUCCUCACAUUGCUGUAAAUUCCGGUUCGUUUUGCCGUUUUUCACACACCUAUCCACUUAAAUCAUGGUCUGAUUCUGGCUUCCCACCCUCUUCGAUACUUUUGUCUGGGUCCCACUCAUGGCCCGAAAAACUGGCGCGUGAUACAACACUGCCAACAGGAUCUACCUACUCAUCCAUCCUGGAAUUCAUUCUUUCAUCUUUUUAUCUCGUUCGUACAGAUUGAUAAGUUGAUUCACAAAAAUUACAUCUAUG